AUGGCACUCGAUCCUGCCCAAAAGGCAAAAGAUGAGAUCAAAUCUUUCUCGCUCUCACCUUCGCCACCACCAUCACAACAAGCUGGGCCAUCUCGUCAAAAGAUGCAACCUGCACCAUCAAAAUUAACACACGAAGCCAUAGAACAACACAAUGCAUUGAAUCAUCCUUUAGAUGCGAAACCUCCUACCUUUGCUGGUGCUCAGCCAGAAUUGAAGGGGUCACCUACAUACCCAAUCGUCGUUCCCAGUGUGAGACAAGACCUGCACACAUUCCAUAAUGGGCGACAAGCACAACUACUCUCACACCAAGCCGAAGUGAACGUCAAACCUAAUCCACAACAAUUCAUCUAUGCAGGACAAGGAUCAUCUUUCGGCCAACAGCAAAAUGGUUCUAGCCAAGCUAUUCAGCCAAAAAGGGAAGCAAAAAUGGAACCUUCUGCAAUUGAUCUGACUAACGAUGAAGAUGAAAUCACACUUGUCAGCGCAAAAGGUCCAUCAGUCAACACAAGCGAUCUGCAUCAAGUGGUCUGUGUUGGUGUUAUUUGUGCUACGAUGAUUACAAAUCAUGGAAUCCCAGACAGUCUGACAAUGCCUUAUUUGCCGGUUGAUCUAAGCGAAGUGAAUGCUCAUCCGAGAUGGCACAAAAAGGGUUGGCCUUUAGGUGCGGAAUACUACCUCGAACCAGGGUUUCGGCCCAUCGAAGUUACUGCCCGAGCUACAGCAAGACCGCAAGUGCACGUUCAUGAACUUAUAACACCUUACGACAAUAAUGGUCAGCCACAAGUCCGUCGUGAGUCAUUUGGUCUAGUGGUUGACAAAUAUAGCCAUGCUAUCUUUUCUAUGCUCAAUGAGCGUAGGAUGCGAAUCGCAGCAAGGAUCAAGGUUCUACCAAGAAGUAUGGCAAUGAAUUUCAUUCAUCCGAUCGAGUUGCUUUGCUUCAUGGCACGCAAAGAUGUUCCGGCAUUCAUUAUGUCGCUUUUUCAGAGCAAUAUUCCCUUGCUCAUGCCUACUCGAUACGACCGAAAUACAUUCGAGUAUAAACCUCCUCUAGAAGUGCCCGACUCUUCAUUGUAUAAUCGCUAUCCAGGCUACAAUCCCAAUUUCACUUCGUACGGGCAAAUGAAUCCACCGAAUUAUCCUUCUUUUCAGAUGCCGAAUCGUGGCAUGGUAAUGCCAACAAAAGAAGAAACGGAAGAAGAACGACGAAAACAGAUGGACCAAGUGUAUUCAAAUUUACCCGACGGAGAAACUUUGACGACGACAAAAGUGGACGAAAGCUUGAUCACUACUCCAUUGAUGAAUCAUCAAAUGCGGGCUUUGACUUUCCUCUUGGAUCAUGAAAAGAACAAAACAUUUGACGAAGAUGGCAAGGACGAGAAUAUUGUCUCGCUAUGGAAGGCAAAAAGACAUGGAGACCGUAUCAUUCAUUACAAGAACGUCGUCACACGAGAAUCGCAAACUCGUUUACCCAAAUUAUGUCGUGGAGCCAUCUUGGCAGAUGAUAUGGGUCUUGGGAAAACACUUACUACGAUUUCCUUGAUUGCAUCAACACAUGAAGAAGCUCGUGCAUGGUCCAAAAGGAAACUUUUGACAGAUGAUCAAGGUGAAGCUUUGCCCAAAGAGGAAGCAGAUUCCGACGAUUCAGAUGAUUCUGACGUGGUUGCAAUUGAUGUUCCUGGCGCACCAAAGCGAGCCAAGACCAGUCAUAACACUAGCGGGCCUAAUUAUGUUAAUGGCAAAAAGAAGAAAGAGGGAAAACGUGAUCACAAAAAGAAGGAGCUCGAACAGUGGAAGCGAGACAAUAUCAAAACUCGCUCUCGUGCCACCUUGGUCGUUUUACCUCUCACUUUGGUAUCCGCAUGGGAAGAGCAAAUUCGCCUACAUUGGGCGCCUGAUAAGCGACCCAAGAUCUACGUUCAUCACGGACACAAUCGCCUCAAAGAUCCCAAGAAGAUUGCACGCAAUAAUAUCGUGAUGACAACGUAUAGUACGCUUGCUUCCGAAUAUAGCAUCGUGGCAGCAAACGAAGAAAGCGAUAGCGAGGACGAUGAAAAGGAAGACGACGAUGAAGAAGAGAUUGUUGUGACGGAUGAGCAGGGUAACGCUAUCGGUCGCAGAUUGACUGCUGCUGAAAAAGCAAUUCUGAUCAAGAAAAAGAACAGUGCGAAUCGAAAGAGAAAGCGCAAAGCCGACAAGCGAAAGAGACUCGAAAAAGGAGAAGGUUUCCCUUUGCAACAAAUUGAAUGGUUUCGCAUCGUGUUGGAUGAAGCUCACACGAUCAAAGAAUCUCGCACAUUACAAUCGCGUGCAUCUUGCUUCUUGAUGGCAAGAUCAAGAAUCUGUUUGACCGGUACGCCAGUACAGAAUAGGAUCCAAGAUUUGUAUGCAUUGGUCAAAUUCUUACGUUUGGAACCUUUUGACGAUGCAGUAGUAUGGAAUCGCUUUUGUGCUUCUGUGGACUCAAAGAUUGGUUUGGAAGCAGCAAAGCGUAUCAAAAAGGCAGCAGACAAGGAAGAGCCGCUAGAUUCAACUGCAAUGAAAUGCGUACAGACCAUCAUGAAGUUCCUCACUCUUCGUCGUACAAAAGAUAUGAAGAUGGCAGACGGUACCAAGAUUCUUGAAUUACCCCCGAAAUACAGUCGAACGGUUCAACUAGACUUUGAUCCUAUUGAAAGAGCGACGUACAACGAAAUGCGUGAAAAAUACAAGGAUGACUUUGAAGAGAUGAAGAAGAACGAUACGCUCAAGUACAAUUAUGCCUCUAUCUUGCACGAGAUUUCCAAUUUACGUAUGACUUGCGAUCAUAUCGAACUUGUUGAAUCCAACAAGGACAUUCGCCUUCGCAAAGAUGAUCCCUUGAAUCAAGGUGAAGAUCCUGAUGCUUUGAUCAAACGAGAGGGUAUUUCGCGUGAUCGUGCGAUUCGUUUCUUUGAGAUUCUUUGCAGUUCGGACAAAGCAGAUUGUGCAAUGUGCCAUCAUGAUCUAUCAACAUUCGCAGAUGACACUUCACGACAAGAAUCACCCAUUGAAGAAAUCGGUCAAGGAACAUCUGACGAACAAGGCAGCAAGAGGCCAGUAUUGACAAAGUGUGCACAUCUCCUAUGUACCCAUUGCUUGGAGAAAGCCGUGAACGCAGGUGAUCAGACAAUGGAGAAUAUCGAUGAAGAAACCCGUUUUGCUUGUCCGGAUUGCGGUACAGCGAUUGCAGCGUUGACAGAGAUACGUACUUUGGCACCAGGUGAUAUCGAGAAGAAUACAAAAGCAAGAAAUGUCUUGACAAAAGAGACAUUUGGAGCUGAUGUCGGCAUUCCGAUCGACAAAAGAUCAAAUUACAGCACAAAAAUUCGAGCUUUGGUGGAAGAAUUGGAAACGUUCAGCAAAAGCAAUCCUUUCAGUAAGCUUUAUGAUGCGAGUAAGCCACAUCUUGAUCAAGUAGCUGCAGAUGCAACCGAGAAGGAUAUGGGAUACGAGGAAGUCUAUAUUGCCGAAGCUGGUUCGUCUACUAGACCGAUCAAAUCCGUCGUGUUCUCUCAAUGGACGAGCAUGUUGGAUCGUGUAGCACGUGCAGUACAUCGAGCAGGCAUCAAAUCUGCUACGUUGGAUGGAAGGAUGCAAAGAUUUGAACGAAAUGAACAUUUGGAGAAAUUCCAAAAUGAUCCCUCGGUGGAAGUAUUUUUGAUCAGUUUGAAAGCUGGUGGUGUUGGUUUAAAUUUGGUCAGCGCUUGUCGUGCAUACCUCUUGGAGCCAUACUGGAAUCCGGCAACCGAAAAUCAAGGUCUUGAUCGUGUUCAUCGUAUGGGACAAUUACGACCUGUUGUCACAACCAAGUACAUCGUUUCACGUUGUAUUGAAGAGAACAUGUUGGAGUUACAACGAUUAAAGAUGGAAUUGGCCGAAAGCGUGGGUGGAAAGAGAAGAACAAUGAAUCGUGAACAAGAAUUUAAUAUCUUGUUCAACGAUGAUUUUUCAACACGUAGAAACGGUAACAAUAACGCUCAAGCUUCAACAUCACGAAUCACUGCCGCUGAAGAAAGCCAUACGGAGAGUGAAGGAGAUGAGCAAGAGGAAGCGGCGGAAGAGAAUGGGGAGGGCGGGGAGGACUGA